AUGCUACAUGACAAUACAAUUCGGCCUGCCUUACAGCCUCUUUUUACAGAUCCACACAAGAUUUUAAACUGUGGUAUACACGCAUUCAACAUACUCCUGAAUGGAAGAUCCAGCACAUUAUCUGUAAACCACCAAAAAACCUAUGGCUUGAUCACCAAACUGCUUGACAAGUUACUGGUCAUCGAAGGUCAACGUUCUGAACAUGACACCAGGAAUGGUUUCAUCAGCCAGUAUUUCAUGCCUUCUUACGUAGUGCCCAGUGAUGUCGACAUGGCAGCCAUCACAUCAUGGUUGUCUUCCAAUGGUUAUCUCACCAUCACCAUUUCCAGGAUAUCACCACCUCCUGCAGCCCCAAUGAAGGACAACAAAGACUAUCCACCAAAAGCAGGUCUUGAUGCAAUACCCCCACUAACAGACAUCCCACAACAACAGCACUACAGUUGCGUUUAG